AUAAAUAAAAAGCCUCUUUAUUCUAUGUGACGCCGUUUCCAUGAAUAAAAUCUCCAGGUUUCCGGUAGUCCGGCUUCGAUGGUUGUGUUCUUGCUCUUGUAAGCUCCAAAAUUGCUUUCUUUUUCUCUUCAAUGGUUGUGCAACUUUUCCGUUUGGUUCCCAAGAAAAGACAGCGGUCCAACAGAUUUUCGUACUCCAUAGACUAAUACAACUAUUUAUUGGAAAUUCUUACUCACAUCGAAUUCGCAGAAGGUUUCGUUUCUGUGUAAAACUUUCUUCCUCUUGUGCUCUUAGAAGAGUUGAUAUUGCCGAGGAAAACAGUGGCAAUAUCCAUCAUUUUAAUUAUGCGGAAUUGCAGCGCAGAAUCCAGGAUUAUGCCACUUCCGGUGACUUCACACAAGCUCUCUACACUUUGAAUUUCAUGAGGAACAUGCCUGGAAAGCCUACUGUAGUUUUGGACCUGCCCCAAAUGCUUCAACUUUCAAUACGCUUUGUAAUGGUAUGCUAACAUUUGGGAAUCUGAAAGAUUCACUUUUUAUUAUUGAAGAGAUGUGUGGAAGUGGGUUUGUGCCAUCGUUUAAAAUUUUGUCC